UAGUAAAGUGUCAAUAUCCGUUACGAAUCCCGCGCGUUCGCAGAAAAAGCACGAGAGAGCGAGAAAGAAGGGGACAAUCCGAAUUUUUGGCGAUUAACGAAAACUGGUGCGUGGUGGGGCAGGAAUAAAGUGACAAAGAUAAAUCGUGCUAGUGCAGUUCCGUUUUCGUUCGGUCUUUGUUGAUCGUACGUCGCCGUUGAUGCUGAUCAUUAAACAGAAGUGAGUGUGCGAAUUCGUUGAGGUUUAUCUGUCGAAUUUGAAAUUCAGAAGAGAGUGAGUGUGGAAAACCGCGUGACUGUCAACCUCCGCCAUAAUAUAUCCGCGAUAGAUGCCGACAGGCAUCUCAGCUGUCAUUGUCGUGAAAACGGAGCACGUGCGCGCGAAAUAAGAUACCGAAAGAGAGGGAACGAGUGGAGGGAGCGAGAGGGAAGCGUAGAUGGCGCUGCCGAGCGACUUGCUGAUCUCGCGCAUGCGCGCUCCAUUUUGGCCAACAUAAAAUCAAAAGAGUCGCGCUUGUCCUGUAUACACUGUGCCUUCGCGACGACGGGACGGACGGGAGCGUUGUUGCGCGUCGAAGACGGACCACGCUCGGGGAAGAGUAAGGAUAGGGGAGAAAGGGGUGCGGACACCAAUGUUGUAACGUACGUGCCAAAAUGGAAGAGCCAAGCAUUCACGGUAGUAUCGGCGAUAUAAAUAGUGCGGAGACAACCAGAAACUAUAUAAUACCACGUAAGAAGAGAAUAUGUUUAGUUGGUUCAACUUGCAAUGAUCCUGCACUUAAUAUUGCUGCUCAGCAGUUCAGAGUCUCUGUACUUAAGUCUGAAACUGGCACAGAAUAUGUCGAAGACACUAGCUACUAUACUUACUUCGUACUCAAACAAUUCGAAGGAUCUGAAUAUUAUAAUUUAUGCAAAACUCCUCAUAGAAUUUUGGGAUCUACAGCUUUGCUGCAACUGGCAGAGAAAAAAGAAUCUUUGCCUAGUAUUAAAAGACCAAUGUUCACACAAGCUAUGAUAGGCACAGUAGUAGUAUUUAGCGGUUUUCGAGCCAGAGAGGAUGAAUUGCGCAAGUUAGCUAAUAUGGUUCUUAUUAUGGGAGGUAGCAUUCGAAAAGAGAUGGGCAUUAAAGUGACGCAUCUUAUUGCAAAUCAUUGCAGUGGAGAGAAGUAUAGAUAUGCUGACACAUUUGGAUUGCCUAUUAUGUCAGUAGAAUGGGUAAUAGCAUUAUGGAAUGCCAAAGAUGAUGUCUCAAGUUAUGCGGAUAAUGAGGAAUUAAUCGCAACUUAUAAGCUGAAACCAUUUUAUGGGGCAAAAGUCUGUUUCUCUGGUUUUCCCGAAGAAGAAAAGAAACAUAUGUGUGAAGUUCUGGAGCAGCAGGGUGGUGAAUGUACCGAGAUUAAUGACCCGAAAUGUACUCAUGUUGUCAUAGAUGAGUCUAAUGUAAAUGUACUACCAAAUCUGGUCUCAGUAUCAGCUUUCAUAGUCAAAACUGGAUGGUUUUGGACAUCUGUACAGAAUGAAGCAGCAGCAGAUGAGAAAGAAUAUUUAUUUGAACAUUACCUAGAAAAAGUCUUGUCCCCUACCACAUCUAGUAGACGAAACAGUCAACAGAUUGUGGCAUCAAAUAUAACAUUACCAAAACACCCUUAUUGGUUGGGUGGUCCAUUAUCUAAUAUACUACAAAACGGAGCAGAUUCACCAGCCAGUGUUAGUGGAAGUUUUCUCGACUGCACAGCGAGUCCAGAUAAACAGUUGGAUGGUAUUCCAGAGGUCGAAACUGUUGAUACGGAAAAUUUACCGAAAGUUCGGGAAAAUUUGUCGAAACGUCAUCAAGUAUUUCUUGAAUUAGUAGAGACUGAAGCUAAUUAUGUUGGUAUUCUCAAUACAAUUAUGACGCUAUUCAAAUUACCAUUGGAAAAUCUCGUAGGAAAAAGUGGAAAAGAAUUGUUAAAUAGCACAGAAGUAAAGAUUAUAUUUGGCAAUUUUCCACCCAUCUAUGAUGUUCAUAGGCAGUUAUUGGAAGCACUACGUUGCAGUGCCGCUAAUUGGACAGAAGAUAUUAGUAUUGGCAAAAUAUUUCUUAAAUUUGAACCAGAUUUAGUUAAAGCAUAUCCUCCAUACGUCAACUUUUUUGAAAAUACAAAACAAAUGUUGGAAGAAUGUGAUCAAAACAAACCACGAUUUCAUGCUUUCUUGAAAAAUUGCCAGACAGUACCAGAAUGUGGUCGACAAAGCUUAAAAGAGCUGUUAAUUAAGCCAGUACAAAGAUUACCCAGUAUUAAAUUAUUAUUAACCGAUAUUCUUAAAUAUACUGACAUAAGUAAUCCAGACUAUAGUGCUUUGGAAGCUUCUAUUAACUGUACUAAGCAAGUUAUGACAUACAUAAACGAAGAUAAAAGGAAAACAGAACGUCAGUUAGCAAUUUUCGAUAUUUUCAAUGAGAUCGAUAAUUGCCCACCGCAUUUAGUUUCUUCGCAUAGAUCAUUUAUCAAUAAAUGUGAUGUAAUGGAAGUUACAGAAGGCCUCAGUGGACGGGGCGAUCAUUUGGUAUUGUUUCUAUUUACCGAUACUCUCGAAAUAUGUAAGAAAAGAUCGAAAGCUUUUAACUCGUUAAAAAGUCCUAACACUAUAAAUGGUUUUCAAUCGAGUAAACUAAGUCAAGGAAAGCCGUAUAAACAUAUUAAGAUGUUAUCGCUCAGUGCUAUACGAAAAGUUGUGGACAUACGAGAAAGUGAAGGAUACCAUAAAAUAUUUGCACUCGUAGUGCGUGGUACUCAGGAAUUGAAGGAAAAAUUCUAUUCGUUUAUAAUUAAUGACGAAGAAAUAAAUAAAGCAAAUUAUUUACAAACUUUAUGUAGACAAAUGGCUCUCGCCGUCCGUGUAGCUGAUGCUGAUACAUUACUUCUUAAAUACGAUUCACAUCAACUUGAUGUUGGCACUGGUGAUGUAGCUUCAGGAACAUUAAAGAAAACAAUUAAGAGCCUAUUUCAUAAUUUUUACCUGGAGUAUAUGGACCCGUAUGUGUUCCUACUCAAUAGCAUGUGUGAAACCACGUUACAUAUCCCACUACCGUUUGCAUCUCGUACAAGAGCGCGAGUCGGCCGAGCGUUUAGUUUCAAUAAAACGCCAAGCAAAAUAAAUAGAGCGAUGUCUACAAUUAUGUCACCAUUUGGAUCAACACAAAGUCUUCCUCCGACAAACCAACAAAUAACUCAGAUGCGGCUAGGCAGCUGCAGCAAUAUCAACGAGUUGGAUAGUGGUGGUUCAAGCUCUCCAAAUAAAGAUGAUGUUCUAGUAGCACCAAUGUCGGAUCAACCGACUCGAAAGGCUCUCAGUAUGGCUUCGCUGCGAAGGUUGUAAUUAGUAUGCACAAGAAGUCGUACUUCCUUUUGCUACAAUACUUUUUAGUAUUCUGAACAAAGAGACGUGCAUUUUUAACAAACUACUGUGGUAUGUUAAACUAAUAUAGAUCGUCUGUAUUGACAUUAAGACAUUAAUUAUAGUUAACGAGAAAAGCCCGAGAACAUACCAUAACAUUUGUAUCUUACACAGUGUUCCGUUCACAAAAAUAAUUAUAAUGGUCGUUUUUACAGCAAAGUUUAGUACGAUUUCCUGAAAAUAAUGCUUUAUCUUCGAAUACAUCAUUAAUACAAAAAUGAUAUUGUUAUUAGUGCCAAUAAUGCCUAGUUAUUAUUGUUAUAUUACUAUAAUUAACAACUUUAUUUAUUUUAUAUAUUACUUUGUAAUUAUUGUAUAUGCUCUUUUUCUUCCGCACUUACUUGCCUAUAAGAUAACGGACUAUCAUUUCUCUUUAUAUAAAUAUAGUUCACUUUUUUGCCGAGCCAGUUCAAUUAUUCUAGAAGACAUCAAAUUGCAGUUGAUUCAGGGAUAUCUAUUCACGAAUAUUUGUGUAUGAAUUUCUGAACGAAUUUCAUUAUUUUAACGAAAAAUAGCCAGACUUAUCAAUAGACUGCAGACAUGUGCAAAAACUUCGUAAUAAAAAUAUCAAAAAUAGCAUUAAUCUUGUUAAUUAAUAUAUCUCGUGGCACUCGCGUAAUUUUGAUGCCGAAAAUUUGAGUAUUGUUUGUUUAACAAUGGAUUAGACAAAUGUAUUAAAACAUUUAACCACAGAUUGAGAAAUAAGAUAUUUUAGCAUCUUUGAAAUAAUAAAUUUUCUCUUUUAUGUGUUUCAAGCAUUAGAACUUGUGCAAUUUCAAUAUUUCACUCAGCUUUUUAUUUCUAUUUUCUAUUCAUUAGAAUUUGUUCAGCAGGAGUCAUACAGAGAUCUGAUCAUUGAAUGAUAAAAAAAAUUAAUGCGCGGCUUUGUUUUACAUCGAUUAUUUACAACACGAAUACCACAUUGAUGUAGACUUUUUUUACGAAACUUCUAAAUGUUAUCUACAUUUUUCAAACAAAAUUAAAUUUAAAAAAGCCAGUCUGGUAUAUGCCAAAUACUUAAAAGUCUGGAAUUUAAAAUAUUACUUUUAAUAAUCGAAACACCAAACUCUUAAUAGUCCAAAAUCCUCCAUGUGCCAAUAUAGUUAUGUAUACCUAACAAUAAAAAUGCAUAUUGUCAACUGUUUAAGAAAUUCAAUAGACUGUUUAAUUGUAUUCAAUGUAGUUUACAAUUUGAAUUUAAAAAAAAAUUAUUAAAAGAAUUUAUAAAAAGUUUAUAUACAUAUAUCAAGAGAUCAGCAAAACUUUGAAAUAAUUUGAUAACAUAAAAACAAGAAUAGAUUCAUGUAAAAUUUAUAUUAUUUCUUUAAAAUAUUUGUAUAGUUUUAUAUAAUUUUGCACGAUUUACAUCUUAUAUUAAGGAAAUAAACAGUUGCCAAUGUUAAAAAUAUUAUUAAAGAAUUAAAUAAGAAAUAAAUGUUUUUUUUUUUCGAAUAGUUCAUUACAUAACAUUGUGAUAUAAAAGUCAUGAUGCGAAAAGGAUAAUAUAAAUUAAUUACAACUAAUAUUUUUUAAAUAACAUGCAAACUAUAUGCUUCAGUUUGCUGUGUACUUUAAAUAAUCACUUACUUUCAUUAUAAUUCAUCCGUUUAGACAAAAACUAUCCACUAUUUUUUUAUUUAUCUCAAAAUUUUGCAUAAACUCUUGUAAUUUAUAAACAUAAGAUUGUGUUGCCAAUAAAACGUGCUUUACAUCAUUAAUUCAUUUUGAUGCUCGGCUUGUGAGAUUUGUCUAAUUGUCACAUGUCAAUUUUAAGAAUAUUAUUGAUUAUCAAUUAAUCCACCUAAUCAAGCAAUUAAGAAAUAUAUUGCGAAUAAAAUUAUCAUAUAUGAAGGAUGUUUAUGAUAUAUAAUAGAUAUAUCAUAGAGCCACAAAAUUAUCACGAUUGAUAAGUUCCUUUUUAAUACAAAUUCAAUAGUUGAUAAAUAUUAAUUCAAGGAUUACAGACAUAUAUUACUGUAAUUCUCAAAGCUUUCGUAGCACUGUAAACGAAUAUUUCAUUUCUGAAUUGUUCUUUUAUUGUUAUUUCGUUAGACAUCGAUUUUGUGCAACAUUAAUUAUUACCAUCGCAAAAUUUGCACUGCCUAAUAUUGCAAUUUCUUGCUAUCAUAUAAUAUGCUUUAUUUAUAAGUGCUUUGUAUGUAAACUUUCAUACAAAUAAUGUUAUGCAUAAGAUCGAUUGUUGUACGAAUUCAUAUGCAUAUAUUUGCUAUUGUGCUGUAAUAUUCUUAAGUGCCUUUAUUUUGCCUUGAUUAUAUACAUAUUCUUAUGUUCCUUACAUACUUUACAUAUUAGCAUUUUUUUGAUAGUCCGUUAUUCGAAGACCAACUAAAAUUUAUUUUUGAGUCGUUAGCACGAAGUUGAAAAAAGAUUAAAUAUUUAGUUUAGCUGUAGAAUAACUGACUAUUAAGUGCACUUAUUGUUAGCGAAAAAUCUUGUAGGCAUAACAUGAUUUUCUAUCUGCAGUAAUUAUUUUUACUCGAUCAAUACAUUCUAUGCUUCCUAUUUAUCUUCUUAGAAUGAUAACAGCAUCGCUUUUCUACAAUAAUUUAAUGAAGCGCUGAGGAAAUGAAAGCGUAAUAUUUUCAUAGCUUUAUAUAAGUAACGAUUAAUAUUUUAUAUCUUAUCAUAAAUAUAUGAUAAAAAGAAAAUCGUACAAUAUCGUAUAAUAUCAAUAUAAUAUCUUGAUAUGUGUUUUUUGGAUCAUUGUAUGUAUUGAUUGAUUAAAGAAAAAAUGUACGACUGCAGAGAAAAUGUAAAAGGAUUUCGGUGAUACUGCUCUUGCAUGAGUUUAUAAAAGUUUAUAUUAUACAAACAUCAAUACAAUUUUAUACAACCGAUGAUGUCCUCUUGUCAUAAUAAAUAUGAUUAGUGCCUUGAGUAUGAUAAAAUACGAAUAAAAUUUGUAUUACAUGAUAAAAUGUACUUUGCAUAUGUGCAUGAUUUAAAAGAGAUUAGUCAUGUAAUUUUUCUCUUGAUUUAUCGAGGUCUUUGAUGAUAUUUCAUAAUGCCUCCUAAUAUACAACUUGUGUUAAAUAUUAUUAAGAUUUUGACUCUAUACUGAUUGCUACAUUUUAUUUCAAACCAGUGACAUGGUGACCAAACCAGUGACUUUACACUCUCUUGUAAUGUAUUCUAAACAACAACAAAAAUACUUUUGCAGAUUGCCAUUUGCGUUGCAUAUACGAAAUUAUCUAUUUAUAAUAUUAAUAUUAUUAUUAUAAGCUAUUAUAUAUAAAAAUGGAAUAGUAAUAUAAAUCGUGAGAAAUAAUAGAAUUUUUAUAUACAAUUGGUUUCUACGUAGAAUUAAUAAAAUUUAGCAUAACAUUUUGCGUUAAGUGUUUACAUAACUGCUAUAAUUUUUCUUAAUAAAAAUAUGAUCUGUAUUACUAUUCCACUAAUCGACUCGAAUUAUUCUAUAAAAAUUCGAGCGUUAAUCUUGAAUCAAUUCUGUGACUCAUAAAAAAUUAUGAAUAUUUAGUUGGACACCUAUCUUUUGUGCGCAGAUUUUGAUGUUAUUUUCAAUUUAAAAAAGUUAAUUGGCAGGCCAAUCGCGUCAAAACGCAUCAAUCGACAUCGCGCUUCAAGCGUGAUUGUGAUUAAUUACCAAAUUUCAAUUUUUUUUAUUUCGAAGAGAUAUUUGAUGAGGUGUAAAGUAUGAGAGAAGAGAAAGAGAGAGAGAGAGAGAGAGAUGAGUCGCGUGUAAUGAUAAGCGAAACAAGUGUCCUUGAAUUAAAUGCAUUGUAAAUAGUAUGAUUAAGUAUUUCAGAAACUACUAUAUCGUAAUGUAGAAAAACAUUUUUUACUACACGUGUAAGAUUAUCGUAAUAUCAUCGUAUAAUUCUCGCGCAGUUAUUUAUAUGAUACUAUUAUUCAAUGUAAAAAUUUAGUCUUUAUUAUGCAAAUCUAAA